UCUUCCUAGUUUAUUGUAUCUUGCAUGACGUUAGGUUUAUCUUUGUUAGGAGGGCGUGCAAUUUUCACGAUCUCCGUUAAUAAAUUUACGUGACGAUGCCAAAGAGAAAGAAUCAGGCUCUUAUAGAUUCUGAUAGUAGUGGCAGUGCGUCGGAAAGUGGCACGGAUUUGGAUAAUGAUUUAUUAUCACUUGCUAAAAAGAAGAAAGGCAAAGCCCAAGAUGAUUCUCAAUCUAAUGAAGAGACUGGAACCACUAAAAAAGAUAAUAAACAUGAUUCAGAUACAUCAGAUUCUGAUGAUGAUUGGGGUGCAAAAGCUGGUAAAAAUAAAAAGAAGAAAGUACCCACUAAGAGAAAUAAACGUAAGAUGACAAAGUCUAGUAGUGAAGAAAGUGCUAGCGAAAAAGAACCUGAAAAGGUCUCUGAACCAGAAGAAGGUGAGGUUUCAGAUUCGGAUGCUAGUGUCUCUGACUCUAGCCAAGAAGAAUUUAAUGAUGGCUAUGAUGACAAAUUAAUGGGAGAUGCUGAGGAUCAGGCAAGACUUGCACAAAUGACUGAAAAAGAACGCGAACAAGAGAUUUUUAAACGAAUCGAACAACGUGAAAUUAUGAAAACAAGAUUUGAGAUUGAGAAAAAAUUAAGAAUGGCCAAGAAACAAGAACUGAAAAAACAAAAAGAGUCGAGAAAGAAAGAAAAGGGUGUUGAAGAAAGAAAACUCGAUAGAGCACCGGAUCCUAAAGAACGAAGUAAAGAUCGUAAAAAGACGAUAGAAGAAAAGCAAGAUAAAAAAUUCCAUGCAAUGUCUCUCCUAAAAGCGAGACGAGAAGAGAAGAAAGAAAGAGAAGAGAAAGAGAAACAGAGGAUAGAGCAACAGCAACAACAGUCAAAGGAUAUUGAAGAAGAAGAAUUAGAAGAUGAUCACAAAGGGGGUGCAAAUAAAACGAAGCUUAAAGCAUCUGAUAUUUAUUCUGAUGACAGUGGUUCAUCGGAUAGUGCGGAAGAUGAAGAAACUGCUAAGCCGGCAUCUCAUCGUAGAUCGUCUUCGAGUGACAGUAGGGAUACUGAUUCCGACACUGACAAAAAAUCUGUCACCAGUAAUAAAGCAAAACCGAAGAAACCAGUAUAUGUUAGUACAAAGGAAGAUCUCAAUAAAAUUAGAUUAUCUCGUCAUAAAAUGGAAAGAUUUGUACAUCUUCCAUUCUUUGAUAGAGUAGUACAAGGCUGCUUUGUUAGAAUUGGUAUUGGUAAUAACAAUGGGAAACCAGUGUACAGAGUAGCUGAAAUUAGCGGUGUCUGUGAAACUGGUAAAAUUUACCAACUCGGUGGUACAAGAACGAAUAAAGGUUUGAAACUAAGGCACGGGGCACAAGAACGCGUAUUUAGAUUAGAAUUUGUAUCCAAUCAAGAAUUUACCGAAUCUGAAUUUUUCAAAUGGAAAGAAACUUGCGCUCUGCAAGGAAUAUCAAUGCCCACGUUUGAAGAAGUUGAACAAAAAUUAAAAGACAUUAAAGAAGCUUUGGUUUACGAAUUCAAAGAGGAAGAUAUAGAAAAAAUAGUAAGAGAAAAGGAAAGAUUUAAGCAAACUCCAUAUAAUUAUGCGAUGAAGAAGGCACAGCUUAUGCGGGAAAGAGAUGCAGCUAAUUGCAGAGGGGAUGACGAAACUGCCACUCGGCUUAAUCAAGAAUUAAGUGAACUCGAAGAACGUGCUUCUGAGCUGGAUAAAAUGCGCACGGCAACAAUAUCUAGUAUAUCUUAUAUUAACGAUCGUAAUCGGAAAAAGAAUGUUGAAGAAGCAGAAAAGGCGAUCAUGGAGGAAGUAAAAGCUAAUAAAGGUAAAAAAGUAGACGACCCAUUUACGAGGCGAAGUACAAAACCAAGAAUGGUUUACAAGCCUGACGAUGAAGAAGUAUCGUCUGCUGUUCCGGUAAAUGACAAAGCAAGUCCUCAACAAACUGAAACGAUAGCAGUAAAUAAUGAGAAAGAGAAUGGACAGGAAACAAAGAAGAAGCAAAGUACUGAAGAUUUAUUUAAUGCUCAUGAUUUUGAUAUCACAAUAGAUUUGGAAGUUCCAAUUCCAAACAAUCCCGUUAGUGUAUUACCGAAACCUAUUAGUAAUAUUAAAGAUACAGGACCUCGACGGUCCUUGAAUUUAGAAGAUUAUAAAAAGAAGCGGGGACUCAUCUAACGUUUGUUAACUCUAGAAAAAAGAAAAUCAGUUCUUUGUGAUUUGAUUAAUUGUAAAGAUAAGAGUGAAAUCUUGUAACAGUUGACUGAGAAACUAGCUUAUGUAUAGUUCUCAUAUAACGUUAAUUUUUUUUUGUUAUUAUAAAUAAUGACUCCUUCUUUUAGAAAGGAUAUAGGUGGUUCCUACCAUAUAAUUCUAGUUACAAUGUCAUAAUUAUUGUAUUCUUUACGAAAGAAUACAGUUUCAACGUUUAUUAAAA